CACUGCGUCAAAAGUGAGUCGUGUUGAAAGUUAAAACAGCGUGCUUAUCAAGGGCCGUAACUCUGAACGACUAAUAUGUACAUUAAAUGUUAUGUCUUAUAAAUAUCAUUGUGGUGUAUAUAUAUAUAUUUAUAUUGCUGACAGUUGUUUUCCGCUGCCAGAUAUAAAUAUACAUGUAUACAUACAUAUAGAUGGAUGUCUAAAGAGACUGAAGGCUGCUUGUCUCGCUUUUCGAAAAGUUAAAACUGUUUAUUUAUUUUUUAAUUAUAAUUAUCCGUCCCCCUUCUAUUAAUCACUUUGAACCGAACACCUUUGUAAAUAAUAUAUUUGUGGACGGUUACAUUGGCUCGUAAUACAAAGUUAUUAUGUGUUAUUUUUUACCGUUGGCACCAUUAGUAUCUGCUGGUAUUAUUAUUUUAGCUGUUUACGUUUUACUGUCAUCAACAACAACGUCAUGGAUUCUGCUAAUUGCCUCAACAACGACAACCAAUUUGAAAUACCUGCUUCAUUGCCUGAUAUGCCACCAAAAGUCCCAGCUACUAAUACUACAGACAGCGAUUCCGAUUUGCAGUAUGAAGACUGCCAAGCUUUCCUUUUGCCAUCGGCAUUUGUGGUACCACAGAUAAGUUUGCAAGAUUCAAUAUCCUACGAGAGUACAUUGCCAGCAUGUAUCAAAUACGAUCCAGUUCCUUCGUUUGGAUGCCAUGGAAAGAAAAGACCAACAGAUGUAUUCAUUCUAAAAGAAAACCUUGCUGGCAUUGCAUCGCCGAGAGGUAAUUUGAAUCCUUGUGCUAAAGAAUUCAAGCCAUCCACUAUGCCAGCAUCGCUGUAUGCCAAUAUAGCAGCAACCCAACCAGCUUUGAAACCAAAAGCCGGCCAGAAAAAGAAGAACAACAGCAGUAGUGUCACAGCUCAAUCCAAAUCUGAUGAAGUUCUUCGGAAGCGAAUUCAAUCUCUGUUGCAAUCAAAGAAAAUUAUUAUCUUGAUGCGUGGAUGUCCUGGGAGUGGCAAGUCUACGCUAGCAAAAAAGCUUUUAGAAUGUUUACCAAAGAAUAAAACAGCAGCCAUUUUAUCUACAGAUGACUAUUUUAAAGAUAAUCGCAACAAUUACCGUUUUGAUGUUGAGCAAUUAUCAGAUGCUCAUACCUGGAACCAGAGAAGAGCCCUAAAUGCAAUGAAAGAGGGAACAGAUUUGGUUAUUAUCGACAACACGAAUGUGACCUUGUGGGAAAUGGAACCCUAUGCUAAUUAUGCAAAAGAAAAUGGUUAUUUUCUUGAAAUUCUGGAGCCGAACACAGCAUGGAAAUUCAAACCCCGAAAACUAGCCGCUCGAAACACUCAUGGUGUCAGCUAUGAUAAGAUUGUCGACAUGCUGAAGAAAUACGAAGAAGUGACAGUCCAUCAACUCUUAAGAAACAAAAAGGCACCUAAAACAAGCUCUCCUGUGAUAAAUGCGGUGACAAGAGCAGUGCAGAAGGAAAAUAAGAGAAACUAUAAAAGAAAUCGGAAAAGACACCGCUCUGCCAAUAAUGGUGAGAAUAAACGGAACAAGAACCAUGGCAUCAGUGAAAGCAGCGAAACAACCUGUGAUGGAAUGGAUGUGAGUCUAUCUUCACCUCUCAGACCAGAUUCUUGGGGAUCAGAUUCUUACUGGGAUGAACCCCAGCUGCCGAAAUUGGGAAGAGUUGAAAAUUUAUCUGAUUCCGAAUGUACGGAUUCCUCUCAGAGUAAUUCCGUUGAACCAUCUUCAGAUGAAGAGGACAUAGAGCAUUUGGCAUCGUCUUUUAGUUUCGUGGAUCUGGCUGAGAACACCAUAACUUCAGUUACGGAUUCUGCAGAUGUGUGUAGUAGUUUAGAGAUGCUGGCAUUGAACUGUUUAUUAAAAGAUGGCAUUGAUGAAAACUUAGAAGUAGCUGACAGAGCCAUAUUAGAAGCGUGUCAGAAGAAGGACGAUUUCUUGCAACAAAUAUUCCAGAUUAGAUCUCAGACUGAUGAAAUAACACAAAGUGGGCCAGAUUUGGAACAGUCUGGGACAGACAUUGCUCCUCAGAUAUCUGACAAUUCGGAAGCGGAGCCAUGUUUGUCAGACUCGGUUUCAGAUGAAGAUGGUGCAUUUUAUGUUAAUUAUUCCAUAAAAAUGGAGUUUUUGACGUUAUUAGCGCAGUUGUUUGGACCACUUGAAGAACUCGAAAACAAAGUGCCUGAUAAAGAGGGGUUUAUUAAUACGAAACUAUCAUUAGAACAUCUGUCUUCUUUACAUAAGACUUUAUCAGAAAUUUGUCAAUCAAAAAAAGAUGCUAAAAAUAGACGAAAUGGUAAUUUACCACUUUCGGAGUUUGCGGACGAUGCAACAGACUUCCAGGAAGUGCCAAACAUACCAUUAUCAUCAUCUGCCACCCCUGACUCACUUUCGCAAAUCAUGAGGGAACAACAGGAGGGUCAGAUUGAACUCGAACUAAAGCUUCAGAGAAACGAUCCGGUCACUGUGGGCAAACUGCGAAAGCUUUGUUCGGAGUUUCCUGGUUACGAUCCGAACAUCAUUGAAACCAUUUUUCAGGACAAUGAUUACAAUUACACAACAACUCUUGCUUUCUUAAAUGGUUUCCCAGAAAAGACAAGCUUGGAUAAUAAAGUAUUUUCAGAUUCGCCACAGCAGUGUGUCGUAAGACGAGCGAAUACACCAAAAAUCUAUUCUAGAAACCGUUUCCUCAACUGGAUCCAGGUUCCUAAAGUAGAUUAUCAAAACCAAAUUGAUUUUUAUAAAAAGCGUCUUUCUGAUUCUACUGUUAAGAAACACCUGUACAACAGACAAUGUUUAUCGUUAGCCAAAGAAUAUAAUCAGUCACAGGCUAGCAUGUAUAAAAAGGAGCUGUUGAAAGCAGAGUUAGGCUUGUUGAAGCAAGAAGUUGCACACUCGUUGACUCCUGAGUAUUACAACGUUGUGGAUUUACAUGGAAUGAAGAUCCAUGAAGCUGUUGCCAUCACAAAACAAUGUCUACACGAUUAUAAAAGAGCUUUAGACAAUGGUUACAUGAUGAAGAGAAACCUGACAAUAAUCACAGGGAAAGGAUUGAACAAUGUCGCUGGGCGCUCUGUGUUGAAGCCACCGAUUCUCUCCUACAUCAAGCAAAGUUCAUUCCGGUUCCUCGAAGACGAUGGUUCCAUCAAAGUAUUUUUCUGAAAUUGCACAUUUUGUUUUUUUACCUGCUUUCUUGAUGGUUCUGACCUUUACACUUACUUGAAACCCAUACUUUUUGAUGGUUGAAACCAUUGUAUUUACCAAAGCUGUUUUCCAUGGCUCUACAUGGCACUCUGAGGAAACAAUUUCUGGCAGUUCUUUUGGAGUUGCUGAAUGCGAAACUCACAACAACUGUUUCCUAAUGAGUCUUGAACUUCAAACCCACACAAAUGUUACACCUGAAGAUCCUUAUUAAACUCUUGGAAAGUCUCGCUUCUGAGAGUGUUUUUAACAAAUUCUUGGUAACUGUCCCUUUUUGAUAAUCCUUGACAAGAAAUUCUUGGAAAGAACACCAAACCUUUGGAAGCUUACUCAUGAUAGACUUAGACACUAAACUCUUGGAAACGGUCACAAUUGAUAGUUCUCAACAUUAAACUCUUGAAAGUCUUUAAUCUCAAAUUUUGUGAAACUGUUACACCUGAUAAUUCUUCAACCAAAUUCUAGGAAUCUGUUGCUUGUGCUUGACCUCAACAGCAAACACUUGGAAAUUCUUGUUCUGAGAAUUCUAAACAAUAAACUUUUGGUAGUUGUCACUUGAUAAUCCUUGACAUCAAAUUCAUGGAAAUUGUCACCUGUGAUAUUGGACUCGGAAAACCUUUGGAAACUUCAAAAUCUCGGAGACUGGCUGCUCUCAAAUGUUCCUGACAUUCUUGAAUGUCUUUGAUCUCAGACUUUCGGAAACUAUCAAUCUCAUUGGAUUUACAAUUCCUGAUGAUUGUAGAAAAAAGAAAAAAAAAAGAAAUCAUGGUCCAAGUUAACAAACUCAUGGAAAAACCUUUAUUGUUGAUCAUGCUUUAGUCAUCAAACAUGGAACUGCUUUGCCACUCUUAAAGAUCAUAGAUAUUUAUUCAUCCGGUCAAUUAAUAGGAAAAUUCUUAGUUUUGACAGACCUGCAUUAUUAUUAUUAUCUAUUUAAUUAAUUUAUUUAUUUAAUUAACUAAUUAUUCUUCAGGCAGCAAACUAGUAGAAUGGUUAGCAUUGCCAGACAAUAUGCUUUGUGGCAUUUCUUCUGUCACUCGAUUUUUUGAGUUCAUAUUUCACCAAGGUCAACGUAAAUGAGUGACCCCUCCCCUCAAAAUUUCAAGCUGUGUGUCUCUAACUGAGGCAGCAAGGCGGCAGAAUUGAUCGCAUUCUGUCCAGCAUUAUGUUCAGAGUUCAAAUGCUGCCAAGGUUGACUUGGCUUGUUAUCCCUCCAAGGGUUGAUAAAGUACCAGUUGAAGACUGGGGUUGAUGUACAUCGACUAACCUUAACCCCCCACCCCCUCAAAAUUUCAGCUCUUAUGCCUAUGACAGAAAAAAUCAUUACUAAGGGAGCAAGCUGGCCAAAUUGUUAGGGAACUGGACAAAUUGCUUGAUGGCAUUGAGUUCAAAUACUGCCGAAGUCAACUCAUCUUUUUGGGGGUCGAUAAAAUAAGUACCAGUU